GGCGCACCAAGAUCUUUGAUCAGAAGGUCUGAAGCAUAGAAUCUUUGGUCUGAAGAACGCAGCGCUUAGCAACCGUAAACAGAACUUUUUUUCCGCUCCCUCCAUGUUGUUUACAUGCAGACGUUUGAAAGUUCCUCAUGUUUCGAUUCGACGACACAAAACCAAAUCCAGCAAUGUGUGACCUGCAGAGCCCACAGCCCUCUGAUCUCCUGUGGGAGCGUCAGAAGCUGCUUCAGGGCCUGGAGAGGGCCCAUAAUGCCGACAUCAAAGCCUAUGUCUCCGGUCACCUCAGCCCUAACAGUUUCCAUCAAAAGAGGCCUUAUGGGAGGCCGAAGAGGCCCAUUUGGGCGAUGGCCGAGGCCCCCGGCGAGGAUUGGGAGCUGGACUUGGAGGCUUUCGUGAGGGAGCAGCAGGAGAGCACUGCCCUAGUGGAGGACAUGAAGGAGGCCAUGACCGACUUCACCACGGCCACCACCUCCCUUCAGGGCUUAGACCUGAGGGAAGACGGCGGGAGUGAGCCUCGCUCCACAAGAGAGAGGAGCCGCAGGACAGCACAGCCCAGGCCAGUGCUGGACACGUCCGAGGUCUUCCUGGUCAAACCCCAGCGAGACGCAGCAUGCGAAAGGCCUGCCACUGGGGGCAACAAAUGUGGGGAGCAGCAGGUGGACCAGGGCAGGUUCUGGUUCACUCGGACCCAUCUGGCCGGCCUGACCCGGAAGGACCAGCUGAGGAUGAUGAGGCAGUUCGGCCUGAGUGUGGUGAAGAGGCAGGACCUGACGGAAAGGCACUGCAUGAGCGGGAGCAAGGUUGCCGAGGCCCACGAGAGGAAACUGAAGCAGGAACUACACAAACUCCCUGUCCAGCCGGGUCCCAGCAGAGAUCGUCUCAGGGUGUUCAGUGACGUCUUCUCUGACGUGUGUGACGGGUCGCCUACGUUUGGCAGCCUCCUCAGAGAAAUCAAGGAGGAAUAUGAUAUCUACCUGAACUCCAUUCUUAAGUUCCAGUCUUGCCCUCAGGAUAUGUCCGUAAUUGGCACUCCGAGGGAGCUGGAGAGCGGGAUUGUGGGGGAGAUGGAGCUUGAGGAGGCUGAGAAGGAGGUAUCGGCACUGGCUGCUGAGGCUCGCAAAGCCCUGGAGGAGAACGACAGAGUCAGAAAUGAGUACCUGCAUGCUCGGGACAGAUGCCCAGAAAUCUCAGAGGAGAAAGCUGACCAGGAAGUGGAAAGCCCGGAACAGCAGGAGGAGGAGGCCGUGUCUGUGGUGGAGAGCAUCCAGCCCAAGAGGCAGCUGGUGUGGAGAGUGUGGGAGGAGGUCCAGACCCUGGAGAAGGAGAUCAAAGAGAACAUGGUCUCCACUGCCACCACCUCCACCACAGAGAAGUACAUCCGGGACGCCAAGACUGAAAUCCUGCAUCUGCUAACUGCAAAUGAACAUUUGAAGACUAGCAACGAGGAUAUGGAGAGUAACGUCAGCGCUGCUCUGGGCGGUGUGGGGGUCAGCGAGGAGAUGAAGGAAGAGAUUUGGAGGAGGAUCAGGAAUGCUCUGGUGGUCACCAAUGAAGAGAAGAUUGUCCCCACCCAGUAACAUUUUGCAAUCAUAUAAUUUACCUGCUCAAACACUAAAAAAUAAAACGCUCUUAUUUUA